AUGGAACGAGCGUCACGGGUACAGCUACAGCAACACACGAACGGCGCUCAGUCAAGUGUCGAUCGGGGACUCGAGAGCGGAGCCCCGGGCCUCGGGGGUGCCCGCGGGUCCCGCCAGGUAGGGCCCCGCCAGUUAGGGUCCCGGCAGGUAGGGCCCCGCCAGGUAGGGCCCCGUCCCGAAGCCACGCGGUCCACCAACCUCGGCACGAAUAUGACGAAGGCCAGGUACAAGACCGGGGACCCAGGGAGUCUCCCC